ACUAUUUUGAAGCGUUUAGCAGACUCAGCAGUCCAUGACCCGCCGUCAUGUGAUUGUUUACAUUGGAGCAAUUAAUGAUGAGGGACGUUGUGUUACUUUCACUAUGCUUGCUGUGUGUAUUUGCUUUCAUCUCUGCAACCAGAUACGAAGCAAACUGGAAGUCGAUAGACUCUAGACCUUUACCCAGUUGGUUCGAUGAAGCAAAAAUAGGAAUAUUCAUACACUGGGGAGUGUUCUCGGUACCCGCGACAUAUGAAUCGCCAUGGUUUUGGUACUGGUGGAAAACCAAAACACCUUUGUUUGUGAAAUUCAUGAAGGACAAUUACCCUCCAGGUUUUACUUAUGCUGACUUUGCCCCUCAUUUCCAAGCUACCUUUUACGACCCUGAUCAGUGGGCAGACAUUUUUGAGGCGGCAGGUGCAAGAUACAUCGUGCUUGUCACCAAGCACCACGAAGGCUUCACCCUUUGGCCCUCCAAACAUUCCUGGAACUGGAACGCUGGUGAUGUUGGACCUAAGCGAGAUCUUUUAGGUGAUCUAGCCAAAGCAGUAAGGAAGAAGAAGGAUAUGAGAUUUGGGGUGUACCAUUCUCUGUUUGAGUUCUACAAUCCAGAAUUUCUCCAAGACCAAGCCAAUCACUUCAAAACACAGAACUUUGUGUGGAGGAAGACCAUGCCAGAGCUGUUCGAGUUGGUCAACAACUACCAACCUGAUGUGAUCUGGUCCGACGGCCAUUGGAUGGCACCAGAUACUUACUGGAACUCCACCAAGUUCCUCGCCUGGCUCUACAACGACAGUCCGGUCAAGGAUACUGUUGUGGUCAAUGACCGGUGGGGAGUUGGGACAGACUGUCACCAUGGUGGUUACUGGAACUGUAAGGACGGUUACAACCCAGGUAAACUGCUGCCCCAUAAGUGGGAGAACGCCAUGACUCUCGACCACAAGUGCUGGGGUACACGUCGUGAAAUCAUGGCAGGCGACAUCUACACACUUCACGAGAUUGUGACAGAGCUCGCUCAGACUGUAAGUUGUGGAGGGAACUUGCUGAUGAAUGUGCCACCAAACUCGGACGGUCGCAUCCUACCCAUGUUUGAAGAAAUACUGAGACAAUUUGGAGCAUGGAUGAAGGUCAACGGAGAGGCCAUCUAUGCCUCGAAGCCCUGGCACACACAAAAUGACACAAUCACCAAGGACGUUUGGUACACAACAAAAAAGACGACCAACACGACUGUUGUAUAUGCCACUGUCCUCAGUUGGCCAGAGAACAACACUCUUCAUUUAUCUGCCCCUGUUCCUAUGGCAACCACUGAAAUCCAGAUGCUUGGCUUUGCUGGCAGAAAAUUGAAGUUCACGACAGAUGUCAACAACACCCUUCAUGUUGAAUUCCCUGAUGUACCGUUUACCCUUCUACCAUCCACCGAUGCUUGGGUCCUCAAGAUGACCAACCUGAAAAACCAGGUUGUUUCUCCGGACUUUGAGCAUGUGGUGACGCCACAACGACUUGUGCCGAUAAACUUGGGCAAUCCUCCCAGAAACUGAGCAUCAGAGACUAAAUAAAGUGUAUAGGGCACCAUUUCUUCCUGCUCAAUUUUGUAAUAAUAAUAUCUUUCAAAAAACAUUCCUUGUGUUAAAUUAAUGCUCCUGUUUGAGAUCUCACUGCAUGUUGUUGGACAGGUUUGAAAAAAAAGUUGAAUUUGACCUCUCGUAAAUAUAUACAUGUUGAAAGAAAAAUGGGGGCAAAAAUUUCAUUUUUUACAGUACGUAAAAAGAUCCCGAUUUAUGGUAUGUCUUUUUCUAGUUAUUUUGAGAUUGGCGAGAAUGUGCAUAAUAGAUGUUUACAUUACCUGUUUAAAACACAUAUUUUAUAUAAAUAUACAUCAUAUACAUGUAUAAUUAUAUUUGUUUCACUAAGCAUAUCAUUAAAUUGACACUACGCAUUUACCAGUAGUAGAAUAUAUACCAUUUAUAUCCAUUUUACAUUUCUGUGUUGGCGUUAUUAGUCAUGUGUAUUGUGUGUAUCAGAGUUUUAUUUAGCCUGGUAUUUUAGAAAUCCACUUGUAAGUAUAUUCUAUGUAUAACAUAAAAAUGUGUGGGAUGUUACAGAUUUGAAUUGUUUCAUGAUUACCAUAUAGCAGUCGCCAAAUAGCUGUGUUCUGCCGAGGGGCUGUCUAGCAGGCUGAAACUAGUUAGCACAAGUAUACAUUUAAGGAAAUCUGGAUUCAGGAAUUGCUUCUCUCAUUUUUGUCUCACCGCCACAAAUUAGCGGAAGCAUGACUAAGGUGUUGUUUUUCUGGCGACGGCAACGUCAACAUUAAGUUUUUGCGUCUAAGUUAGUUUCACCGAAAACAUAAGUGCUAGACCAACCAAACUUGGACCAUAGAUACAUCUUAGGUAGUGUAUCUCCACCCAUGCAUCAAAUGCUGGAUGCGGCCUACCUUUCAUGGUCCAUUGACUUUGUCAGCAUCUCCAUCAACAUUAAGUUUUUGCAUUUAAGUUAGUUUCUCUGAUAUGUACAUUGAUGAUCAAAGCAGGGCACAGGCAAAACAUAUCCGAAUGCCUUUUGUUUAUUUGUUUUGCUUUUCCAUAACAGGGCUUCUGUAUACCACUAGGCAUCCUACUGAAACCUAGAAGAUGAAUGUAAACAUUCCUUGACUUUGGUUCCUUACCCCUGCGUUAUGUUUUGUGAUUAGAGAAUGAAUCUCAUUCAGUGAUGUAUCAUAUUUUUACAUUUUCCUUUUUGCUUAGGAAUUCCGUUAUAUAUCUCCCUUGAUAUAUCCCCAAACCCUGUGGUGUCCAAAAAAUAUACUGCCUUCCAUGUAAUGGGGAUAUUUUGAAAAUAAAGAUGGGCGUUAUUAUGAACUUUUGUUCAUUCCAAAGUCAUAUUUGAAUUGCAUGUGGUAAGGAAAUAUCUUGGGAAUAUUAAUCUCAAUUUUGGCUUCAGUCUUGUUUUUAAGUCCCCUUUUGUUAUUUUAAUGAUAAAAAA